AGCUGGCGGCGCUGCAGUCGGACCCGCUGUGUGCGCCGGCGCUGGCAGGACUGGACCGCAGCUCCCACCACUGCGCCUCCUGCGCCGCGGCGCUGCUGCGCGGCUGCCUGCUGCACCUGGACGUGUGUACGACAGGGGCGCUCACCUCGCCGUACGAGGCGGAGGUGUGGGGCCUGCUCGACUCGGCGCUGGGGAGGCUGGCGGCGGCGGCGGUGGCGGCGCCCCGAGCCGAGGAGGAGAUUGCUGCAGCUGCUGCCGCCGCGGCAUCAGAGGCAUCCGAGUCGGAAGCCGCGACCAGCGGGCGUUCGAGGAAGAAGAAGAAGCGGCGGCGGCGGCGGCAUAGGGCAGGUUUCCCAGACCCUCCCGAGGUGGCUCUGUGGCGGCAGCAGGUGCAGCCCUGGCUUCAGGACCGAGUGCACUGGUGGCCCGCUACCGCCUUCUCACAGCCGCCGCAGCUGUGCCUGGUGCUGCAGAGGCCGCCCCUGCAGCAGCAGCAGCAGCCGGCUCAGCUGGGAGGAGGUGGAGAUGGGGUCAGCGUGGAGCCCGGGCAGGGGGUGCAGGCGGAAGGGUCGCGGAAGCGGUCAAGAACGCAGCAGCAGGCGGAAGAGCAGCCGCAGCAGGGGAAGUACGGGCAACAGGAGCAGGCGGCUGCGGCGGUGCAGCGGCUGGUAGGUGCCGCGGCGAAGCUCAAACGCAUGCGCGGUCCGCAGCCGCAGCAGCCGCAGCAAGCUCGGGAGGAGGAGGAUGGGAGUGAGGAGGGGCAGGACGGCCCUUCACGCGGAGCAGGCGGUGCGGGCCAGGGCGCAGCAGCUGCCUCCGCCGCUGCCGAGCUUCAGCAACUGUUGUUUGCACAGCUGGGGCAAGCCGCCGGGCAGCAGGGGCAGCAGCAGCCGGCCCGGCCUGGUUCGGGAGCUGCUGCGGGUGCCGGUGCUCCGGGUAUUGUUUCUACAGCGCUGCGCAAGCUACUGAAGAAGCAGCGCGUGCGGAGUCAGCGCCUGAGGCAACACCUCCAGGAGCGGCGGCAGGGGCGGCCGAGGAGCGGUGACGGGUUGGAAGAGCGGAAGCUGAGGCAGCAGCAGCGGCGGCAGCGGCGGAAAGAACGCCGGCAAAAGCGGCUUCAGCAGGAGCAGCAGCGCGUGGAGGAGGAGGCUUCGCCGCCUGUUGCCCGGCUCUUCCCUGCCGGCCGGUUGGUCACGCCGGAGCUGCCGCUGCUGCGGCUGCUGCAGCACCGUGCACGGGUGGCAGCGCUGAUGCUGGGUCCGCACAACUACUACAGCCAACACGUGCUGUACGAGAUGCAUUUGCUGCAGGAGGGGUUGCUGGGGGAGGCGGCGGUGUGGGCGGAGUAUGCGGCACGCAGGCGGCGGCGAUGGCAGCGGCGACAGCAGCAGGGUGGGCAGCUGGACGGCGCAGCGGCGGGGGGUGCUGGAGGCGCGGGGCCAAGUCAGCCGCAUGGCAGGCGGGCGGGGGGCUUUGCGGCGGCUGAUGCCAUGGAUGUGGACGAGGAGCCGGGUGCGGGUGGUGCUGCUGCCGCUGCCGCCCCUGACGUCCAGCUGGCAGUGAUCAGGGCCGCUGAAGCGGAGGCGGAGGCGGCGGAGGCCAACGCAGCCGCCGUGGGGGCCGCCAUGGAGGCGGUACUGCAGGCGGUUCAGAGCGCCGGGGAGCUGGUGAGGCGCCUGGCGCCGCUGCCGGCGCCGGCAGCUGAGGUGGUGGAGGCGGCGGCGGAGGCGGCGGCUCCGCAGAAGCUGACGACUGCGCUGCUGGCGGGGUUGCCGCGGUCGCUGAGGCCGCAAGCGGCAGACGGGCGGCCUUAGGGGUGUUGCGUGGGAUGUUGGCUCGCGUCGCGGGGGAGCGGCCUUGGGUAGGGUAUGGCAGGUUGGGGGUUAGGUCCGCAUCGCGUAGGGUUAAGAGAUCCGCCCCGGGGUGCGGCCGAGGUUAGGCUUACCACUUUAGGAUGCGGGGAGUUCGCUCAGGCUGCAGCCCCUGUAGGACUUGACGAGGCUCUAGGGUUAGUACAUUGCUAGGCUGAGUAGAUGCGUGCUCUGACGGUUUGUCGUGCCUAAGAGCUGUAGUGCUUUACCGGUCAGCUCGGAACGCUGUGGUACCGUAUUGCCCAAAAUUUAAUAACAUGCGUUUGGAGGCCUAUUUUCCAGCCCCAUUUGAUAAAGCGGGAAUAAUUUAUGCCCCAUUUGACUUCCUGAUGGCGAAUUUCUAGCCCCAUUUGACAUGCGCCAAAACGCCCCAAAAGCCGCC